AUGGAGACUCAGGUCUGCAUGUCACAGCUUUUGGAGAUGGAAAAGAUGGAGAACGGGUCGUAUCCUGCUGAGAGGAGAGCGCCAGAUCCACUCCUGGGUUCCCAGGAAACCCAAGUGCAACAAAAUGGGGACACUCCCGUGACCAUCUCUCCAAAGGAUGGAGAGAGCAGCAAAGUUGACCCUGCUGGUUUGCUGUCUGGGUUCAAACCAUGGGCACGUCGCUGGGCAGUUCCGAGUGUGUGUCUCAAUCUCGUACUGAUCAUCAUCAUCCUCAUCUUCAUCAUCAUCCUCAUCUCCAUGUCAGCAAGGAAACCUGAGCCGUGUCCAGCUGGAGCCGCCUGCCCAGACGGCUGGGUCGGAUACCUGGAGAAGUGUUACUAUUUCUCACAGGCUGAAAGGAACUGAACCUACAGCCAGAACAACUGCUCUGCCCUCGGUGCCUCCCUGGCAGUGAUUGACAGUGAUCAGGAAAUGGAGUUCAUGAAGCGCUGUAAAGGACUUGAGGACCACUGGAUCGGCCUCCGGAAGAGCCCUGGCCAGCGCUGGAAAUGGUCCAACGGCACCGAAUUCAACAACUGGUUUCGCAUAGAAGGCAGUGGAGAUUGUGUUUAUAUGAACAGCUAUGAGAUUGCCAGUUCAAGCUGCUCCAGACAGUUGCCCUGGAUCUGCCGCAAACCAGUGGAAUAGGUAGAAGGCAGUUCAAAGCUAAUGUCAUAUGGCCUGUCC